AUCGCGCAGAGAUCCUGCGGUAGACUUAUAUCCGUUAAACUAUUAGUCGCGGAAAGGCAAGUCCGAUUCGGGUGUAUUACUAGUCCUCCCCUGUUUGUGAACAUUUUGUGUGAAUCGUAAGGUAACAUCCGAGCGCGGGUAUUAUGGCCGAUAAGAUGGACAUGUCCCUGGAUGACAUUAUCAAGUUAAAUCGUUCUCAACGUGGCGCGGGUCGUGGAGGCCGAGGCGGCGGCCGGGGUCGUGGAGGAGCUGCGGGACGGGGUGGUGGCGGGAUUGCAAGAGGAGGUGGUGGUGGCCGCGGGGCCGGACCCAUGCGGAACAGACCCAACUUGAAUCGGGGCCGAAAUCGGCCCACACCGUACACCAGGCCCAGGACCCUUCCGGAUAGGUGGCAGCAUGACCUCUUUGAUAGUGGAUUUGGGAGCGGUGCUGGUGGCAUGGAGACUGGUGGGAAGUUGUUGGUGUCCAACCUCGAUUUUGGAGUGUCUGAUGCAGAUAUUCAGGAGCUGUUUGCAGAGUUUGGUACCCUGAAGAAGGCAGCUGUUCACUAUGACCGAUCUGGACGCAGUUUGGGGACUGCAGAUGUUCAUUUUGAAAGAAAAACAGAUGCUCUUAAAGCUAUGAAGCAGUACAAUGGUGUUCCUCUAGAUGGUCGACCGAUGAACAUUCAGCUGGUGACUUCACAGAUAGACACACAGAGGAGACCUCCGCAAAGUGUUAACAGAGGUGGCAUGAACAGAGGCCGUGGAGGGUUUGGUGGAAAUCGUCGAGGGGGUCGUGCAGGAAACAGAGGACGAGGCAGAGGACGGACCCAGAAACAGCAGUUGUCUGCUGAGGAAUUGGACGCACAGUUAGAUGCAUAUAAUUUAAGGAUGGAUACAAGCUAAAUUUGAAGACAGUGGUCCCUUUCAGUGCAGUCUACUCAGAGGGGGAGAAGAGAUCCGUACAUCACUCUCAUCAGUGGAAUUUUACUUUGUUUUGCUAGGUUUUAAACUUGUGAAAAUUUCUCCCAAUGUUUCUUUUCCCUUUUUUUUAAUUUGAGGAUUUUUUUGUACAGCUGUUACUUUUGGGGGUACUUUUUUACCUGGUAGCCAGCUGUUGGGAGGUGGUAAUGGAUUUUUGGCAACAAGUCUGCCUUCUAGAAUAACAUUUGCGGAAACAUGCCAGUUAGGAUAAUUGUGCUUUCAUAUUAUUGCACUUUUUCAGAAAACUGCCUGUACAGAAUUCUUUUGUGUAUAAUGUUCAACUUUCCCACAGCAUUGAUGCCUUUUUGGAAAAUAAAUAUCUGUGUAUGUGCAAGGGGAUAUUUUUUAAUUUUUACAUUCUUUUGAGGGAAUUCAUUCUGAACAGUGAUGGCACCUUUUGUAUGCAAUGUUCACUUUGCAGCAUAUUGAUAGCAUUGGUUGCUACGGGAAAGUGAGCAUCUGUGUACAUGUAUGUAGGCAUUGUGCUCUAUUUGUCUGAGGAAGUGUAAUGCCACAAGAGUGCAGUUGUCUUGAAUGUUGAGCUUUAAUAAAGAAUCUUUAGAAGGCUGCUUUUUUUGUUGCUCAAGACGUGGGAUUUAUUUGGAUAGUACUUGGCACUAAGCCGAGACUCCCAGACUCCCAGAUUUGGUGAAUGAAAAGGGAUCGGUUUCCCUGCGUCACUUGAAAGUAAAACCACAGUGCAUUUAACUGUCUCUUGGAUUUUAUAUAAAAAUUAUGUUCUGAAGAAACUGGCUUGGGGAAUGAACCACCCCUUUUUGGUGUGAAUCUGUGCUGUUUCUGCAGACAUCUUGGCCUAGCGAGUGUGGGGAGAGCAUCAGUUCAGUCAGGAAGGGAAGCAGUCCUUGGACUUGUAAUUGAGAUGGUAGUUGUCUCUGUCUUAAGCUUGCAUAAGGUGUUAAUGUGUGUACAAUGCUUUUAGAAAGUAACCCCAGACUUCCACUGUAGAGAUGUCAACUGUGCCAUACACUUUGGACAUCAAACGGGCCUUUCUCUGAGGUCACAAAUUUGUAUUGCUACUUAUUUCAGUGAGAAGAGGAAAACUGAAUGUAUAAUACUGUCUACAGCACUUAUUACAGCUAUUGGUGUUUUCAAAAUGACUGUCUUGAUAGUGUGGUUGUUCAGAUGAUUUAAAAAAAAAAUGUAUUUUAGUGUGAACAGUCAUUUGUCCCAUCCUGUUCUGGGUGCAGUAUUGAUCUGAUUGUACUAGCUGUAUUUCAGUUCAUUACUUGACAGUGUGCUCAUUACUCACUCUAACUUGCUAGUUAAAAUGUUUGGCAUAAAUGGUAUGGUUUUCAAUGGACUAUGGGGAGGUCAUUUGUAUGGCCUAAACAAUAAACAUGUUUCUUUUUUAAA